CGGGACACUACAUCACUUUGGAGGAGGAGAUCUAAGCGAACGGCUCAAGAAGCUAAAAGAAACACAAGAGUGGAUUCUACAAGUUCUCCGAUGGCUUUUGUGACCACGACCGGCAGCUCUGCUACCGCCGACAGUCUUGCCGGACCUUCCUCUGGGACCAUCUCCUACCCAGGUCCUUCGUGCUCCGGGACCUCUUCCUCCUCACAGUCCUGUCUCGACCCGGUGCCGAGUUCUGAAGCACAUCCAGAGUUCCUCCGUCCGACCCGAGAGGCGUCCAGGUCAGCUCGUCGUCGCAUCCAGGCAACUCCAGACGCGGUCGCUACUUCUCCGGGCGAGUAUACCGACCCCAGCAAAAGCGGUGCCUCCAGCUAUGUUGCCAAAUCGAACAGUGAUCCUGACUUUGUGCCGCCAGCAUGGCACCAGCCUCCGCGAGAAAAACCAAAUCUGUCAUCUGUAUCUGAGGCACUGGAUGCGUGUGAUGUGGGAUCGCGCAAGGCAUCUAAGAUAGUGUCUGAAUAUUCAGCGGCUGCGGGGGCUGCCCCUGUCAGCAGAUCCCAGAUACAGCGCUCUCUGUAUAAAACACGGCAGGAAAAGAUCAGGGAGGUGGGGGCCAGUACCUCGGGUUGUUCUGCUGUUUUUUGUGACGGCAGAAACGAUAAAUGUCGGAGCGACGCGACGGGUAAACUGACUGAAACCGUUCACAACAUAUCCGUUAAUAUGCAUCCGGGCGACGUGUUUGUCGGACACUUUUCGUGCAGUGAUCGGCAUACAGGUGUGGCAACAGCUGAACAGCUCAUCAGCUUUCUGAACGAGCGAGGCGUGGACGUGUCCACGGUCACCACCAUUGGUGGUGACGGCACCAACUCAGUGGUAGGUCACCGCGGGGGCUUGAUGGCUCACCUUGAGCGGCUCCUCGGCAGACCACUCACGCGGGUAGUCUGUCUCAACCACCAAGCAGAACUGCCUUACAGAGCGCUCUUUCGGAACAUAGACGGUGAAACCACAGGACCAUCCAGCUUCUCCGGUCCAAUCGGCCGGAUGCUGGCGGGUCCGGUGCACCAGCUGCCGAUGGCCCAGUUUCGGCCCCUGUCAGGUGCGGAGCUGCCCGAGGUUCCUCCAGACGUGCUGAGUGGCCUCAGCAAGGACCUCCACCUGCUUUUGGAGUGUGCCUCUGCUGUUGCAUCAGGCAAUGGCACAGCGGUGGCCCACCGCCAACAUGGCAAACUGAACAUGGCCAGAUGGCAUACCGCCCAAAGUAGGCUCCUGCGGGUUUACAUGUCCGAGCAGUGUCCGAGCGACGACCUGACCACUCUGGCGGUUUAUGUGGUGACCGUGUAUGUGCCGGCAAUUAUGUCCAUCAGACACCAGCCAGACCUGGUCGAGGCACCAAAACACCUCUACAAUCAGCUGGAGCGACAGCGCCGGCAUCUCAGUGGUGUCGCGCUCGACACAGUUCAGCAGAGUGUGCGCAGGAACGGCUAUAUGGCUCACCCCGAGGCGGUGCUACUCGCCAUGCUGGGUGAUGACGACGACGACGUGCGGCACCAGGCGGUGCAGCUGGUGCAAGAGGCACGAGAGCGCCAAAAGCCGGACAAGGUCAGGUCCUACAAGGUCCCAGAACUUAACCUCGGUGCGAAGUCAUACACCGAACUUGUAGAUGUGAAUAAGUACGCACAGGAGAACGAUGUGGAACCGCCAUUCAUCCGUUCACUCAGCGUGGAGAAGCUGAAUGAACUACUGGAGACGCCACUGAGAACACACAUACCGUGCCAUACACAGUCGACGGAACGAAGUGUGAAACUAACCACAGAGGCAGCGGCGGCCGUCGCUGGAAGAGACAGACAGGACGGAUACAGCCUGAACAAGGUGGCCUAUCGCCGGCGGCUGCGGAGCAAUGGCGACUCGAGUCCCCGUGCGAUGGUGUCGGACAGGGAGCGGGCUGCCCGCCACCCCCUGCCCCUGUGGCUCGGCUGCAUCCUGACGAUACUGGGGGUCGGAGUGGCCGUUGACCCCAGGACACUGCGAGACCCGCCGACAGCGCCGGAGCUGAUCGCCGCUGCCGGCUACCCGGUGCAGGUGCACACUGUGCAGACGGCCGACGGAUACCUGCUGGAGGUGCACCGCAUCCCACCGCCGGCGGAGGCGCGCGGCGGCCCGCCCGUGCUGCUACUGCACGGACUGCGCGCCAGCUCGGCCGGCUGGAUCAUCAACCCGCGCCGACCGCUGCCAUUUAUGCUAUCGGAUGCCGGCUAUGACGUAUGGCUGGGAAACAAUAGGGGAAAUUUAUACUCGCAGAGACACGUCAACCUGGAAACUGAUACUAGGGAAUACUGGAACUUCACAGCCGAUUCAUAUGCCAAAUAUGACAAUCCAGCUUUCAUCGAUUACAUCCUGCAAAACACCGGAGAAAAUGAGCUGUUCUACGUUGGUUACUCGAUAAGUACGGCUGAUGGUCGCCAUGGCUCCUAUCUCCACAAGAAUGUACUACCGGCCUAUUUGCGCUAUACUGUUCUUCAUGUACGCCGCGGGGACCCGAAACAGCUGGAUAAGUACUCUCUACCCGUGAUCCUGACACACGUGCCGGCCGGCUGUGGCAACAUGGUAAUCCAGCAGCUCGACCAGGCCAUCAAGUCAGGGAAUUUUCAGCGUUUCGACUAUGGCCCUAGGAGAAACCAACAAGCAUAUGGGCAACCCCAUCCACCGCUCUACUACCCAGAAAAUGUCACCGCACCCGUGGUUUUGCUCUUUGGCAAAAACGACAAGGUCGCCGACCGGCGGGACGUGGCCUCGCUGGCCAGCCGGCUGCCGAACCUGGUGGCCAGCCAGCAGGUGGCCUGGCCGCUGUGGCAGCACCUGGACUUCCUCUGGGGUAUCGACGCCGACCGGUUGGUGUACAGACAUGUGCUCCAGUACCUGUCCGACUGGGCGCCCGGCGGGAGAGCCGCGCGCUCAGUCACCGCGCCCGCCGCCGGCGCACCACGGCAUCCAUCACCGGCCGACACCAGCAGCGGGCGCGCUGAUCCCGAACAGGUGUAGUGGAGCGGAGUCAGCCUCAGGAGCGCCAGCCCGUGACAGCGACUUGACGGUCAGCGUAACUGCAUUCAGUCAAUAUACACAGGCCUUGCCGGCCGAUUGACUAGCAAUGAAUGCGUCUUGUUAAGUGCAGCAAUAGCCACAACGACGGUGGCUCGAGGAAAAUAAAGACAUGGUGCAAUGUCGUGGAAUAAACUUGCAUCAA